CUGUCAGAAGCAAUCUCUAUAUUGGAUGAGGUACAUCAUGGGCCAAACAAAGAGGGUACUCCAUCUUCUCACAUGUUACCUAUUGCGUAUUGCUUGAGGGCUUUCUGUACCCAGGAAGCUGAGCCAAACUCGAAGAAAGUUUUUCAAGAUAUUAGAACUUCACUAAAUCUCUGGCUGAGGAUUCUUAGCCUAGAUGAUAGUGGGGACAGUCUACCAACAGAGAACAUAAUUCCGUUACUGUAUAAUAUGAUUGAUUUGAUGUCAGUGAAGGGAUGUACAGAGCUCCAUCAUCAUAUAUACCAGCUGAUUUUCAGAUUGUUUAAGUGGAAGAAUGUCAAAUUGGAGGUCUGCCUUGCAAUGCUGUGGGAAUGUAGAAGGCUUAGUCAUGCCUUAUGCCUUUCCCCCAUAAGUGAUACCUUUAUCCGUACCUUAUCAGAGAAUUGUGGUGACAAAUCUACAUGCAUUAAUUUCUGGAUAGAUUGCUUGAAAGAUUCAAAAGCAAAGUUAAUUGGGUUCCAGCAGAACUUCCAUGAUUUACAUAAUAAUUACUUGCGUGCCUCCAAUAAAGAUGAAGGCCCCUUUCAAUCAGACAUCACAACUGAUGAUAUUAAAGAUGCAGCUUCAGAACUCAUUUCAAGUGCUUCACUCUCUGGUACUUCAUCUUUUGUAGCUGCAUAUCUCUAUUAUGAUCUCUGUGAAAGGCUCAUAUCAUUUGGAAAACUUUCUGAGGCUCUUUCAUAUGCAAAAGAAGCAUAUAGGAUACGGACUCUUAUAUUUCACCAGAAAUUUAAGUAUUCAGCUGAGAAGCAGUUCGAAAAACACAACGACGCUGGAAAAAUAUCAAAGAUACGGACUUUUGGCAUAAAAAACUUCCAAGUCUACGGAUGGGUAGCAACUGAGUUUUGGCCAUGUGGAAAUUUUCUCUGGGACGUCAAUUGCUGCUACCUAAGUCCUUGGAGUGUACUCCAAUGUUAUUUGGAAAGCACCCUUCAGGUUGGAAUUCUUAAUGAUCUAAUAGGGAAUGGACUGGAGGCAGAAACCAGUCUAUCAUGGGGAAAAGCCAUUUCAUGCUCGCAAAGUCUAUUCCCUUUUUCAGUUGCAUUUUCUUCUGCCUUAGGAAAUCUUUACCACAAAAAGCAGUGUCUGGGUCUGGCAGAAAAGGAACUCCAAAAUGCAAAGGAGAUAUUAAUUGCUAAUCAGCGAGAUUUUUCGUGCGUCAAGUGCAAACUGAAGUUGGAAGUUACAUUGGAUAAACAACUUGGAGACAUAUCUCGGAAAAAAAUUGAUAGAGCUUCCCAGACAGAUGGCUUCUUGCAUGCUGAAAGCUUGUUUAGUACUGCCCUGGGAAAAGUCUGUUGCUCAGCAUGGAAAAGCUGCAUCAGAUCACAUGGGGAAGAAAUUGCUGAGGAAAUAGUGAUUGAUAGAAAUGGAGGGGAAGUUUUAGGACAUAAAUUAAGUAAAACAAAACUCAAUAUAAAGGAGCCAACAGGAAACAGAGCCUCCAGAAGGGGUCGAAGAGCUAUCCCAACUUGUUUGUCAAAGGACAAGGAUUUGAUAUCUGAGCCAACGUCAAGGUUGACUCGAUCUAUGCGUCAGUCACUUAAAGAGCAAUGCCAAAACCUUUCCAAUGUGCCUGAAGUUAUGUCAAAUAACUCUAAUUUCUGUGAUAGAUCUGAUGGUACUAGGGGUGAAAGGGUGUUCUUGGACACAAAAAAUGCAGUCCUUGGCUUUUGCAUUUGCUACAAAGAAAAAUGUCAGCAGUGCCUCUCCGAAGAGGCAACAGGAUCUGGGUCUCUCAACAAUUUAGUUAGUUUGAAAUGGGAACUCUGCCAUAGGAAGCUUGCGUCCUCAAUACUUGUUAGCCUUGGAAAAUGUUUGGCAGACUCUGGUAGAGUUCAUCUAGCUCAUGAGGCUUUACUGCAUAGUAUCUCUGUUUUAUUUAAAAGCAACUGGUCCAGCCACAACCAGCCUUCUGUCAGUCAGCUGCUGGAGUUUAUUAGGAAAGAAGUUGCAAGAGAUGUAUUCGCUGUUGAUCGUGCAGUAAUACUAUACAACUUGUGCUGGUUGAAUUUGCGGAAUUACCACUGCAGGGAGAGUAGGUCUAUUUGCUGUGAUCUGUCUCAUAUUCCUUUCACAAAACUGGUGUCAUGGUUAAUGUUAGCAUUUGUACUCAGCAGAGAGGUUCCAAUAUUAUUUCAAAAGGUUUCAAGAUUGCUUGCCUCUUUAUAUCUGCUUUCUUCAUCGAGUGCUGAAUUCUCAUUCGAAUAUGAUGGAAAUGAGCUAUCAGCAAGUCAUUGGGUCUCAUUUUUCCAUCAAGCCUCGCUUGGUACCCAUAUCAGUUACCAUUUCAUUUCAAGUCUGAGCGGAAAACACAAAUCACGGUGCCUCUCAAAUAAAGAGUGCACAGAGGCUACUUGCUCGAGCUGCAUGGUUCCUGAGGAUUUGGACUUACCCAGGCUUGCUCCUGAGCGUACUGAAGAUCUUGUACAAUUUGCUAGAGAAUUUUUCAUCAAUCUUCCAAGCUCUACAAUCAUCUGCAUUAGUUUGCUUGGAGGUGCUUUAAACCAACUGUUACAGGAGCUAAUGCACAUUCGUUCACCUGUUUGUGCCUGGGUGCUCAUAUCACGCCUAAACCCAGAAAGCCAACCGGUUGCCACACUUCUACCUGUAGAUUCGAUUUUAGAAGACAUGUCAGAUGACAGUGCAAAUCUUAGCUCUACGAAAGCGACUCAAGUCGAGAGUUUAAAAGGGCCCUGGCUUUGUCCAUGGGGUGCCACCGUGGUUGAUGAGGUAGCUCCAGCAUUUAAAUCAAUAUUGGAGGAAAGCUACGCAUCAUCUUCUACUCCUAGAGAAGACACAACAGAGAGUAGAUGUCUGUGGUGGAAAAAGAGAAAGAAACUUGAUCAUCGCCUGGGAAUAUUUCUAAGGAAUCUAGAAGCUUCCUGGCUGGGUCCCUGGAGGUGUCUGCUUCUUGGAGAAUGGUCGAACUACAAAUUGCCUGACUCAGUGCAGAAAAAGCUGGUAAAUAAUCUCAAGUCCAAGUGCAAAAUGGAAGUAAAUGAGAUGCUUUUGAAAGUUAUUCUUGGUGGUGGUACGGAAAACUUAAAAGGAGAAGCAUGUGUUGCUCAGCUUUCUUUAAGAAAUGGUUGCUAUGUGGGUAGAGGGGGAUAUCUUUACGAAGAAGAUAGCUGUAAAACUCCUACUGCUGCAUCUAAUAUAUCUGAAAGUAGACAUGAAUUGGCCUUAAAACUGAUCCAUGACGCAGCAGCCAAACUAGGGCAACAAGACGAACAUGAAAACAGAGAACCUAUCAUUCUUGUGUUAGAUCCCGAGGUUCAGAUGCUUCCUUGGGAGAAUAUUCCAAUACUAAGGAAACAAGAGGUGUACCGCAUGCCUUCUGUAGGUUGCAUAUCUGCUGUGCUAAAGAAGCGCAGUCUCCAAGGAGAGCCAGCAAGACCUCAUCUUGAUUCCUUCCCCCUUAUAGAUCCGCUAGAUUCAUUUUACUUGUUGAAUCCUGGUGGUGAUCUCCCCGAAACACAAGACAUGUUUGAGAGUUGGUUCAGAGAUCAAAACUUUGAGGGGAAAGCUGGAUCAGAACCAAGUGCUACAGAGUUGACAGAAGCAUUAGAAAAUCAUGAUCUCUUUCUUUACUUUGGUCAUGGAAGUGGAGCACAGUAUAUACCGAAGCGUGAAAUAGAGAAGCUAGAUAACUGUUCUGCAACUUUCUUAAUGGGAUGCAGUAGUGGUUCACUAUGGCUAAAAGGCAGUUACAUUCCAGAAGGCAUACCACUCUCAUAUCUCCUAGGUGGAUCUCCAGCCAUUGUGGCGACUUUAUGGGACGUAACAGACCGAGACAUUGAUCGGUUUGGGAAAGCGUUGUUGGAAGCAUGGUUGCAAGAGAGGUCAGAUUCCUCAUCAGAGGGUGGGUGUAGCCAGUGUGAGUCAUUAGCUAAUGAACUCGCAGCCAUGAAUCUAAAAGGAAACAACACCACCAAGAAGUCAAGGAAACCUUCUUCGCGGAACAAGCCAGCUCCAUCAAAUGUUGAUGAUGGGUCAGGGAAGAAGAUUGAGUGCAACCACAAGCAGAGACGUAAAAUCGGUUCAUUUAUAGCCGCAGCUCGAGAUGCGUGCACCUUGCAACACUUGAUUGGGGCUGCACCGGUCUGUUAUGGUGUACCAACAGGUAUCACAAGGAAAAAAGGAAUCGAUUCUCUUCUUCCUUCUUCAUCGUGUUAGUUUGGUUAGAGAGCAUUUCCUAAUAAGUCCAUUCUUAACUUGGAAUCCUCAUUGUCUGGUCAUAUAACGAUUUUGAGGGAUAUAUAUUUAGGAGUUAGGACUUUUAAAUCAUAGGAUCAUAUGACAACACAAGAGAAGAGAAGAAAAGAGACUCUAGAGAUAUAUGUAUUCAUCCCUUCUUUUAUAUAACAAAUUGUAAAAAGAAAUCACAUGGUGCACAUCCUUCGAAUUUUAUGUUAUAAAAGUGUUAGUAAUUUACGAUCAAUA